UCCACUACCAUUGCCACCAAAUCAACACUACCAGUAACAACAACAACUUCAACAACACUAACAACAACAGCCCCGCCGAAAUCAACGACAAUAACAACAACAACAACAAAAACAACAACAACAAUAACUACGACCACUACUCGGCAGUCAGAAUGGUCUAAAACUGGUAAUCUGAAUCAUCAACGACGGUCACAUGCAGCAUGCAUAUUACCAAAUGAAAAAGUACUAGUUACUGGUGGAUUCAACCAUGGUGUUCUAUAUAAUGGUGAAUUGUAUGAUCCAUCAGCAGAAAAUUGGACAAUUAUUAGUAGCAUGAAACAUGCACGAGGUGAACACACAGCAUCCGUACUAAAAAAUGGAAAAGUAUUAGUUACUGGUGGUCUUUCUGGUCAUGAAUUUCUGAAUAGUGCUGAAUUAUAUAAUUCAUCAACAAAUACUUGGACAACUACUAGUAGUAUGAAUAUUGCACGAGCCGAACACGUAGCAUCUGUGUUAACAAACGGAAAAGUGCUAGUUACUGGUGGAGCAGAUGCAAAUGGUCAGUGGACAAAUAGUGUUGAGUUAUAUGAUCCAUCGACAGAGAUCUGGUCAAAUACUGGCAGUAUGAAUAGUGCACGAGGUGCACACGCAUUAUCCGUAUUAACAAAUGGAACAGUGUUAGUUACUGGUGGACAUAUUAGUAUUUAUGCUUUAAAUAGUGCUGAACUGUAUGAUCCAUCGACAGAGACUUGGACAACUACUAGUAACAUGAUUUUUGGACGAGAAAAACACACAGCAUCCGUACUAAGGAAUGGAAAAGUAUUAGUUACUGGUGGAUUUAAUGGUACUAGUGCACUGGAUGAUGUUGAGUUGUACGAUCCAUCGACAGGAAUAUGGACAGUUGUUGAUAGCAUGAAUACUCCACGAUUUGGUCAUACAGCAUCCAUAUUACCAAAUGGAAAAGUGUUAGUUGCUGGCGGAGCUUAUCAUAAUGCUUUAGAUAGUACUGAAUUGUAUGAUCCAUCAACAGAAACUUGGACAACUAUCGGUAGCAUGAAUGAUGCACGAAUUGAGCAUACAGCAUCCGUAUUAAAGAAUGGAAAAAUAUUAGUUACUGGUGGAGAAAAUGAAAAUACACCAAUCUGUCCGAGUAACAGUGGUUCGAAAACGAACUUUAGCUCGAAAGCCAACGAAGAAACAACGACUACAGCGACUACAACAACAACAACAACAACAACAAAAACUACAAAAACAAGUGAGAAUUUGAUUUUUUUUUUCACAAACACUCAUAAGCUCUUGUCUGGCAUUCCAGCUUCAACAACAGGUACUACAUCCACGUCUUCGACUAGUACAACAACAACAACAACAACACCAAUCUGCCCAUCAAGAAUAUAUUCACAAAGUUUUGUUAACGGUGUUUAUUCAACAAGCUUAUGUUCAGCAUGGGCAUCUUUUGUAGCUGGUUUGACGUGUUCGACUUAUAAAUCAUUUACUUUAAGUGGCACAUAUAAUACAAAUGGUAUUAACGCAACUAAUUCAGUUGUAGUUAAUGCUAUCGCAACAGCAUUAAGAACUUCAUCGGCAUAUAGUGGCACUUCAAAUGGAGUCACAUGGUAUGUGGGUACUUGUGGUUCCGGAAUAGAAUUAGUAUCAACCGCUGUAUGUGCAUGUGCCACAGGUUAUAGUAUAAGACCUUGUAUUGGUAAUAUAAACUGGGGUGGUGUUGACAGCACAUCAUGCAGUGCGCCAUCUCAAUUAAUGACACUUUCGUUUCAAUGA